CUCCCUCUGUCUCUUCACUUCUUUGGGGAGAGACUGCAGAGACCUCCAAGGUCACGAGAGGUGUGGUUUCAGGAGGGAAAACUGCCCUGCCAGACCAGUUCCCAAGCAGGAGAGCUGAGAAAGCAGCACAGCUGGUGAACUCCUAUGACUUGUGUUCGCGCAGCAGAACAUUCAGGGACAACAAGCUUGAUCAUUCUUGAAGGCAAAGAGGGCAACAUCAUCACUGCUGGCGAUGGAGGCUGGACCAGACGCUCAGGCAGUUCCACGCAGUGGCCCACUCACCAGUGAACAGCUUGCCGCCAUCGAUGACGAGCAGACCCUUAAUGACAUGCUGGACAAGACGGAGGAUUUUGAGCAGAGGCGAAUGAUCCGUGCCGCCAUGAGGGACCUACUGAAGAGAAAACGAGAGCAGCGCGAGCGCGAGCGAGGGUCAAGGCAGAAGGACCUGCGUCAGCAGGGCGUGUGUGCCGGGGCUCCGCCGGGGGGCAUGGGCAAAGGGCAGAAGGCUGCUAAUGGCUCCAACACUCCCAAGGGGUCGCCACAAAAGACCACAGCAUCAGCACCCUCUUCAUCCAGAUCUGUCCCUAAAUCACAAGACAGCCCCAGCAGCCCAUCUAAUACCAAGGUCAAAGAUCAGCAGCCCUGUCUUGGAGAGGCUGCAGUCCCAAACAGCAAGCACGUAAAGCAGAUGCUACUGGAUUGGUGUCGGGCGAAGACCGAACCCUACGAGGGUGUAAAAAUCAAGAACUUCUCGUCCAGCUGGGCCGAUGGUUUGGCGUUCUGUGCCCUGGUGCACAGGUUUUUCCCAGAAGGCUUUGAGUACUGCAACCUAGACCCUUACGACCGCAAGGCCAACUUUGAGAUGGCUUUCAAGACUGCAGAAAGGCUGGCAGGCUGCCCUGCUCUGCUGGAUGUGGAUGAUAUGCUGCGGAUGCUGGAGCCUGACUGGAAGUGCGUGUACACCUACAUCCAGGAGUUCUACCGCUGCCUGGUGGAGAAGGGCCUUGUUAAAACCAAAAAGAAAACCCCUUAGAAAGACUCCUGAUGGAAACUACUGGUGAAGGGAAGAUAUGCUAAGCGAAAGAUAACUUUCAUGAGAAUGUGAUCUUGACUGUUGAGUUUUAAAAAUAAAAUGCGUUCGAUAUGCUA